UUUGAAGCGCGAAAUAAUUUUUUCUUCUUGCUACGUUUGAAAACCGGCCUUGGAAAUCUUGUUUUAUCUCGUUCAUCUUAUCGUCGAAAGUACACAAUGAGCAAUGAAAAGACAUCUGACGAAGCUCCCGCAAGUCCUGACGUUCAUUUUGAACCGAUUGUCAACCUUCCUAAGAUAGAUGUCAAUUUCAAAGCACUUGAGGAAAACGAAGAAUUGCUCUUGAAACUACGAGCAAAACUGUACCGAUUCGAAACCAGCGGCGAGGAGAACGAAUGGAAAGAAAGAGGAGUCGGUGAAAUAAAGAUUUUGAAAAAUAGUGAUAAGGGAACAUACAGAGUUCUCAUGAGAAGAGACAAGACGUUUAAAAUAUGUGCAAAUCAUUACAUUUCUAAAGAUAUGGAAUUGAGGCCAAAUUGUGGAAGUGACAGAGCUUGGGUGUGGACUGCACCAGACUUUGCUGACGAAGAAAUAAAAACAGAAACACUGGCUAUAAGAUUUGCUAAUGCAGAAAAUGCAAAGAAGUUCAAAGAAGAGUUUGUCAAGGCCAGGGAUGAGGUCACAGCAAGCAAAAAGACUAAUCAACAGGAAAGUGACAAGUUAGCCCAAGAACUGGAAGGCCUUAAUGUUAAGGAAAAUAAUGAUGAUGAAGACAAAGAAAAUAAAUCAGAAAAUACAGACAAUGAAACUGACAGUAAGACUAGUGAAACUAAAGAAGCUAAAGAAUCAACAAGUACAGCUACGGAUGAUGAUAAAGUCAAAGAGCCAGAAACCACAGAAGAUACACCAGAAAAGUAAAGCUCAGAACUGUUCAAGAUUAGAUAAUGUAGCACAUAAUGUUACUUUGCAACUUGUAACUUUUCCUAUGCUGCUGAAAACUUUGAGGGUACAUUCAAGGAUGCAGCACACUUAGAGCUAGUUGACGUACUUAAUGCAUUAAUACUUUGAUUAUCCAUCAUGCAAUCCAUGCAACUCUGUGAACAAGAUAACGUAAACUCAAGAUUCCAGAUUGCUUCAUUCUUGACUUAGCUAACUCUUUCAGCAACUCUGCUGAUUUGAUUAUCUCCGAAAUCUCAAAUCAGACAUAAUCUCUUCCUUUUUGGAAACAAGCCUUGAGGCAAAAUUAACCUGUACUGGUGCACUUAGAGACCCAACAGGCAUACUAUUUAAGAGUAUCUUUGUUGUCUUCAUGAACAGAAUUGAAAUUUUCCCUGUAUUAAAGCCCUGUCCCUUUUUCUGUUGUUUACAAUUACAGUGAAAUUCUUGUCACUUGGCUCAUUUACACAAUACUGAUCAAUCCAAUCACGGGAAUUGAGCUACAACUUACAUCUAAAUUCUUCAUUAUUAUUGCUUGCUUUUCUCCCUCAGGGCUGAUUGGCACAGUUAAGGUUUCCUGAAUUGUUUCCUAUUAUAUGAUUAGUCUUAUUGUUUUGUGACUCAGGUAACAGCAAUACUAACUGUAAAUAAAUCUAACUGCUGACAUAUGAAAUAUUUCCUCGGGAAAUAUACAGUUACAAAACAUCAGUGUGGUGUUGUCAAAUUUUAAAAUCAAAUGGCUUCUGCAAUAGCAUAGAAUUUUUUAUAAUUACAUUCAAGUUUAUAAAAGCUUCAAAAGUUGCCACUGUAAAUGGAUUUUUACAUUUGAUGACAUCACAGGUCAUGAACAAACACAAAUAACAACUAGUUACUCAAUAGAAUUGGCUAAGGUGAAACCAAUAAGUUUUUCUUCAGCUCUUCAGAUUAUCAAGGAAUGUCUUUUCCACAUGCCACAGGAUCUCAUUCUGUGUUUCUAUGCUUUUGUAAGUCUUCAAGGCUUCAUUUUUUCUUGUAAAGAGAUAAGACUUGAUUUCCUUAAUUUCUAUUCACUGUUAGGUUGCUGGCAAAAAUUAAUAGCCUCAUUCUUUGUCAACAUGUUGAACACAUUUUUGUUUUGUACAAGUUCUAGCUAAUUUUCAAUAUAGGUGCAUUACUUAGAUUUUAGCUUUUGCUUUACAUUAUGUACUUUUAAAGCAAUAAUUAUGAAUGCUGUAUAGUGAUAUUUAUGUAAUUUAAGAAAUAAAAAGUGGUACUUAAACUUG